GGCGGGCAGGCAGCACCAGUUUUAAAAGUACAACAUUAAUAAGCUGCUAUGGAUCCUGUGUUUACUCCACUGGAAUGCCUGCUUCCCGCAGGAAACCUGAAGAUUUGCCUUCUGAUUCUGAACCAGCCUUUCAACAAAGGUCAUUUUCAUCAUCUGUGGAGCAGAGCUGUUCUGAGAGCAUGUGCUGAUGGAGGUGCUAAUCGUCUGUAUCAUAUCACAGAAGGAAACCAUGAGAGCUUUUUGCCUGAUUACAUCAGUGGGGACUUUGAUUCUAUUAUGCCUGAAGUAAAGGAGUAUUAUACAGUUAAGGGGUGUGAACUCAUAGAGACCCCAGAUCAAGACUUAACAGACUUCACCAAGUGCCUUCAGAUACUCCAGCAGAAGAUAGAAAAGAACAACUUGCAGAUUGACAUGAUUGUAACGCUGGGUGGACUUGGAGGUCGCUUUGACCAAAUCAUGGCAUCUGUGGAGACACUCUUUCAUGCAAUUAAGAUAACACCCUUUCCUGUCAUAGUUAUUCAGGAGAGUUCCCUAAUAUACUUACUUCAACAUGGAAAGCACAAACUACGUGUAAACACAGGACUAGAAGGCAACUGGUGCGGUCUCAUUCCCAUUGGGAGCUCUUGCGACUGUGUCACGACAACAGGCUUGAAGUGGAAUCUCAACAGAAGCAUUCUAAAGUUUGGGACACUCGUCAGCACUUCGAACACUUAUGAUGAGUCUGGAGUUGUGACUAUUGAAACAGACAAACCUUUGCUUUGGACAAUGGGCAUCAAAGAUAAAGGAUGUGCAUAAACUUUCAGCAGCUAUUUUUGUUCAGCCCAAGCCUUAAAGCAAUGCUUCCUGGGAAAAUGUCACUGCGCUUUCUAAAUCUAGAUUUCAUGCAUUAGCUGGUCUCUCCAACUCAGUUUAUGAUUCUAUGCAGCUUCAAUCUAUAGAAUGCCAGGGAUUUUAGUUUUUUGCUAUUUGAGCAAUGCUGUAUUGUAAGCUUUUUUUAGAAUUCUGAACAUUGAUGUGUUUUUUAUAUAUACUGUGCAUAGGAUUUUUUAAAAAAAAGAUUGGAAGGGCUGAUAAAGUGAUACUUAUAUCACUUGAUGAUAUAAGUAACUUACAGAAUAGAACACUGCGUAACUUUUGUGUUCUUAAAAUUUGAUAGUUCUCUUCAGCAGAACACAAACAUUCAACUUGCCAGUGGGCUGGAACAAAUAGUGCGCACCCCAAGCCAAAACCCACAAAAUAAGUUGCCAUGGUAAUAUAACAACCAGGCAUGCAACCUCGGUUGCAUUCAUCUAUAUUUAGCCCAUUGUGUGUGCCAGGGGCCGAAUACAAAUGGAUGCUCACUGGUGACAGCUUGGAUGCAUACCUCACGGGCUCCAGGGAGCAAUUCUGCUUGUAUUAAAAGGGGGUGGGGAGAGGCAGGCACACAAUGAAAAUGUGUGGGGUGUGGCAAUUACAAUAAUCUAUAAGAAACAAAAACAAUUUUUGAGCCAAAACAAUUAUAAUUGCCAAAGUUUAAAUGAACAGUCUGUUUUUAAAAAGGGAAGACAGCCUAAUGUCGCAUUUUAAACAAGUUUUAUGCAAAAGCUUGUAUUUAAUAAAGGCUAUAUUUAAAUAUCAGACUUGUUAUGAAUUUGCUUCUGCUAUUACAUGAGGGAAUAAAGAGAAAAGGGCUCUGUCAGUGCUGAACAUCUUAAGUGGCAAUCAGAACUACGUUUGUAUACAAAGGUUAUCAAGAGUUUGGAGUGUCCAUGUGCUGCUCAGUUUAUUCAACUAUUGAUGCUCCCCCAAGACACUGAAGUGAUUGAGCAUUUCAUAAAACCCAAUCUGACCUCAAAGGUUACAUCAUUCAGUUUACUGAGCAUAAAUUUUGUAAGUCUUAAGUCAGUGACCGACAUUGGCCUACACGUGCUUGCAUUAACCAACUAAGAAGCCACACCAGUUUUACUUUAAAAUCUGUUUAUAACGACAAGUAGCAAAAGAUGAUUUAGGAAGAUUAUGUCAGAAAGGCCAGAAUGUUCUCUUUUGUUACCACAAGCAAAAUCAAGUUACAUGUCUUCUUGAUGCAUUCAGCCACCCCUGUAAAAAAA